UUACACAAACGCACACUUCAUGCAUCGAUGUUUAGCGUUAGCUGUCACGUGCUCCGUGUUUAUCGUAAUAACCGUGUGCUGAUGCUGCCAUGACAGCUCUCACUUCGGGGGAAACAAGAGUUGAAGGAGCUUUAUUUCGCUGUUGUGUGAGAGCCAAGUGAGCGAGGGGACGUUUGGUGAACACCGUUACCGACCGACAGGCUGAGGGGAGCGGAGCUACACGUUACACCAAAAUGGCAACCCCCUAUGUGACAGAUGAGUCUGGGAAAUACAUUGCUGCCACUCAGCGACCUGAUGGGACAUGGAGGAAGCCGAGGCGGGUGAAGGACGGCUACACCCCCCAGGAGGAAGUACCAGUAUAUGAAAACAAGUAUGUGAAGUUUUUCAAGAGCAAACCCGACCUGCCGCCCGGGAUGAGCCCGUCUGAGGCAGCUCCGGCAAAACAGCAGCAGCAGAAGAUCCCCGGCUGCGGCGACAGUGAGACAGCCGGUCUCUCAAAGUCUGCGAAACGCAACAUGAAACGCAAAGAGAAACGAAAACAGCAGCAGCACCAGGACGGGGACGUGGACUCGGUGACUGACGCCGUUGAGAACGUGUCCAUUUCAGGGAGCGGGGAGUCUCAAAACAAGACGGAGGCGCCGGCUUCUGUCUCGUCUCCUGAUGAUUCCUCAGCAGCAGCAGCCGAAAAGUCCAAGAAGAUCAAAAACCUGAAAAAGAAGCUGCGGCAAGUUGAGGAAUUGCAGCAGAAAGUGGACUCAGGGGAAAUAAAAGAGCCAACAAAGGAUCAGUUGGAAAAGCUGGGCCGGCUUCAAGCCUUACAGGAUGAGUUAGAGCAGCUGGAGCGUGACUCGUGAAGCAAUAAAAGCGCAGAAGAGUCGGACAGAAUAAACAUACAAACUACAGACUGAGAGACAGGGAGGGACCUCUGCAGCUUUGUGAUCAUAGCUUCCAUUAAACACAUUCUACCUAUUUGAUAUUCAUCAUGACCUCUGGAAGUGAACACAGUCCCAGCGCCUUUCGAGCAGAGAACGACAGGAUGUUACGCAGCGGGCGCCACAUCGGCAGACGCGUUUUCUAGAUUCAGAUCUCCAGAUUACAUCGUGACUCCUGCAGGUGCACCUGAAUCGACCUGGCCAUUCAUUUAUAAGUAUCUUUUAAAGACAUCAUUGUGAAUUGUUUUGUGCGUGUCUGUCGUCUCCAUUUUGUACCUUUCAUAGCAUCAGGUAUUAUUACGGUAUCACUUGCACAGGAAUUAUUUUCUGUUUAAGAGAAUAUAGUUUGUUGACUUGUCUGCCCUUAGGAUUAACAUUUUUUUGUCAAAGAUCGGAUUGCCUCUUGUAGUAGCACUAAUGUUGAGCCACUGUCAAAACAGUCAUUACAAUAAUUAAAACUACAUGCUGCGUAAAA